AUGGCCGGCUCUCCUCCCAGCCACCCAGGCUUCGGAACGACAGGAAAGAGUUUUCUCAUCGACAACCUCCUGCGGCCCGCACGCUCUCCGGCGCCUGCACGCACCGCUGAGUGUCCUGCUCCGAAGGAGGGCCCACCGGUCCGGACUCAGAGGCCUACGAGGGGGAUCCUGAGUGGGCCGUGGACUGCCAGGCAUGCGGCCCUGGACACCGCAAAAGAUGUCGGGGUCUCCCAGGCACACACAGUGAUGGUAAACGGUGUGUUUCUGAGCAGUCCGCAGCAGCUCCUCCAGACGUGCUGCGGUGGGUCCAGUCCCCCGCCGGACCACACGCCCGUUUUCUCCAAGGGAGCAAGGGUACCGCUUUGGGGUCUGGAGUGCCACCCCAAGUCCCGGAGAGGGAUCUUACGGAGGGCUGUGUUCUCCGAGGAGCAGAGGAAGGAGCUGGAGAAAACUUUUCGGCGACAAAAGUACAUCAGCAAAACGGACAGACACCGACUUGCGUCUGACCUCUGCCUCAAGGAGACUCAGGUGAAAAUCUGGUUCCAGAAUCGUCGGAUGAAAUGGAGGAAUUCCAAAGAGAGGGAGAGUCUGUAUGUGCGCGCCUCCAUGGAGGAGCUGCUGUUUAGGGGCACGGAGGAGGCAGAGGAGGCCCUGCUUGAGGCUGGGCAGGGGGGCAUGGAUCACUGCAGCCCUCCCAAAUCUCCUGUGCAUCAGCACCACCACCUCAGACAACUAGCAACAGACAAGCCCUCCUCCGCACAAGCCAGAGAUCCCCAGCAGCUUGCCCCCCCUAACCCUAACCCCACUCACAGAGAGAGCAGACGAGAGGACGCAGCCUGAUUUGACCUUUUCACUAACGUCAGGCACACUGUCACACACACACACACAUACAGACACAUGCACACAAACACUAACACAAACACACACAGACAGACGCACGCACACA